AUGGCCAAUAUGUCAGGAGUCACCACCAGUUUUAUUCUUCUAGGGGUAGUUGAGAUGGAAAAAUUCAGAUACCUCUACUCCAUGAUUGCCAUCUUUGUGUACAUCAUCACCAUGUUCAUAUGUUGCUUGAUUGUUUUUGUUGUCUGGUCUGAAUUAACUCUCCACCAACCAAUGUACAUCUUCAUAUGUAAUCUGCUUUUCAAUGGGAUGUUUGGAAGUUCCGCUUUCCUCCCAAAGCUCAUUGUUGACUUGCUUUCUGGAUCCAGGUCUAUCACAUUUUCUGGUUGCCUUGUCCAGUCUUUCUUCAUACAUAGCUUUGCCACAGUUGAAGUAUUUACUUUUACCCUUAUGGCCCAUGACCGAUAUCUGGCUGUUGGUCAACCGUUGCGAUACACAACCUUAAUGACGAAUGGUAAGGCCAUAAGAUUUAUAACCGUAAACUGGGCUACCUCUUUCUUAGUGGUUGUCAUACCAGUCAUAAUGACCACAUAUGUGCCCCUCUGUGGGAAAAGUCUCAAUAGUGUGUUUUGUGAUAACAUGUCUCUAAUUAAGCUGGCUUGUGGAGAAGCUUUGGUCAAUAAUAUCUUUGGGGCGGUGGAGGCUUCUCUGAUAGACAUAAGCUGCAUACUGAUCAUUAUCUACUACUACAUAAGAACAUUCAUAACGUGUCUGAGAAUUUCUAAAGAGGCUUCUCAAAAAGCGAUCCAGACUCUGGUCACCCACCUUGUGGCGUUCUCUGCUUUUAUGAUUGCGUGCUUCUUUGUAUUAUUACGGUACCGAAUAAACAGUGGAUCAAUCUCUCUCAGUGCCCACGUCUCGAUCACAAGCAUUGGGUUGAUGACUCCAAUUACAGUGAAUCCAAUCAUUUAUGGAAUAAGAACUGAAGCUCUGAAAGUUAAGAUCCUACAGAAGUUCCAGAAAAUGAAGCAACAAGAUCUUUGA